AUGUCCCAAGCUGAUGAGGCAGUAGCUUCAUCAGCUCAACCAUCUCCAGCCCCAACCGCAAGCAUGGCCGCUGACCUCGAAGAGAUUGUGAUGCCGACCAACUUCACCGACAACCCAAAAGAGAUCCACACCGCUCGACGCCACGUUCAACGCAUUGAAGCCGUUGUCGGCGAAAAGCCCUGGGAGUGCCAGAGCCAGAGCUAUGACGCAGCUGGGAUCAAGGAGUACCUCCGUGAGAUUAUUCUUGCUCGUCCAGCACGCAGUGGUGAACCGAAGGCGCUUCGUGGGAGCGAUGUGAAGGCCGCCAGGGAGCACUUUCAUGUACCCAAGGGUAGGCACCUGGGUCGAAGUGCUUCAAAGCCUGCUGCUCGUCGGGAAGAUGAGAAGGAGAUUGCCUCUGGUGGUGAGGGGAGCGGCGUUCCGAAUACCAAGCUUCAUCCCGAUGCCUCGUCUCAGCAAGAGAUUGACGCGACAGAUGACGAUGAUGAUACUAUCGCCCAUGAGCAUCCACGUCAAGGGGGACUCACAAAAGUCUUGAGUGCCAUCAAGUCCCAGGCGCACUCAGAUGCAGCCCUUGAACACAAUGAGCCUGGCGCUGUCAGUGUUGAAGCCUCCAGCAUCGAAAACACCAUCGUGAUAGCUGGUCCUACUUCACCCGAGACAGCUCCCACAACACCCUGCCCGCCCCCCCAAUCAAAUCAUAACAAGCGCGACCGUUCUCUCUCCUCGACGCCUGUCAACCCGCCCAACAAACGUGUCUGCAACGCGGUGGUACCAUCUCAGCAACCUCUGGAGUUGGCCGCUCAGACAUCUCCCGUGGUCAUCGAUCAGAGCAAUAACGACAACUACAACUCCGCGCUCGUCCAGGCCACCGAUGCCUACCACCAUCACCUUGCACUGCAUGUGCAAGAUGUCCGGAAGCAACAUGGGGACUGCCUCAUGUCUGUCCAGACCAAAACGCACCAGAUUAAUCACGAGCUGCAACUCCACCAGCCCAGUCUCGAGGAUCACCGACUCGCCCAAGAGCACUACCCCCAGGUCGAAGCUAAAGUCGAACAUCUUCGAAAAGACAAGGAGGAACUCGUGGCUGCAAGAAAGAACCUCGACGACUCAAAAGAUGUCUUGAUGAGAGUCUCAGCCGAGAACUUCGAGGGCAUGGAGAAGAGCUUGGUGGCUCAAUGGGCCGCCAACGCCAAUGCUCUUCAGGAAGCUGAGAGCGAACUCGGUGCGGCUCAGGUGAGACUCGAACUGACAGAAGACGCUGCCCGCCCUGCUCUGGAGUUCAUGAACGAGGCAAAGCCUCAGCUUCAGGAGCAGGAGACAACUGCUGAGAGGCUCGGUCUGUAUGUCGCGCACGCCGAGUUUGUUCAACUCGUGGUCCGGACUAGUCCUUCGGCCAUUGAAUCCCUUGACAAGUAUCUCCAGGAGAAUGGGUUGUCGCUCCAUGAACUUCGUGCGGUAAUUGAGCAGGGCUUACAGCCCACUGAGGUGGAUGGCCAGCAGCCAGAUGCAGCCAUGACCUGA